GCUUGAGCUACAUGUAAGAAGUGCAGUCAACAAAGACGAUGCGAUCCCGUCGAGCGAGGUCGACACCACGAGACUUGACCUUCACUGGGGUUCAUACCGAGCAGGAAUGAAACUGGCGGAUGUCAAGGGCACCUGUGCCGCUUUCUUCUGGGCGAGUAAUCGGAUGACAAGAGCGAUGGGCGAAACUGACCAAUGAAACAGUAUUUUAACGAUACUCAGGAGAUCGAUAUCGAGUUCCUCUCUCAAGAAUUUGAUCACGAUAAUGGUAUAUACCCUAUCAAUCUGGUUGUCCAGUCCAAGAAAUCCUUGGAGGCUGGCUAUGAUGCCAGCAAAACUGGCAGUUUCAAGCGAGUCAAGCUAGAUUUCGACCCGACAGAUGCCUUUCACGAGUACCGCUUUGACUAUCUUCCAGGACAGGUCCUAUUCUACGCUGACAGUAAACUACUCGCUCACAUGAAAGGAGCCGACAUGCCUUCUUCUGGGGGCCAUUUGAUUCUUCAGCAUUGGAGUAACGGCAAUCCGUUAUGGUCAAGCGGUCCUCCAAAAGAGGAUGCCACCGUCACUGUCAGUUAUGUCAAAGCUUACUUCAACUCAUCAAACAGUGAACGCCAGUCGCGACUGGUGAGACGAUGUUACGAAUCGUCAGAAACUUCAGUGUGUGCGAUAAAUGAUUCGGAUAAUGAUGAAAUCGAUAGUGCAGGUGCUAGCACAAGGAGAGUCGCACAAGGGAACUCUGUCUGCGUCUUGAUUGUCGGCCUGGUAAUGCCGUUUCUGAGCCAUGUUUUCUUGGUGGUGUGA